UAAGAUCCUAUGUCAGUUUUGUCGAUCCUUGUUCAUCAUCUUCUUCAUCCUUCCGGAGACUUGACAGAGAUGGUGAGUUUCAUCAGCGCGUGGUGUUUAGUGAUCAUCUCAUUGUGUUACACUCAUGUCGUUGCCCGAUUGGUUUCAAAAGGGAUGAGAAGGAUGAUACUAUUCAUACCAGUCUUCCUCUAUUUCUUCGUAGUUCCUUUAUCAUUGUCCAACAUACAUGCUGUCGGCAUCACGGCUUUCUUCAUCUCCUGGCUCGCUAACUUCAAGGUCUUUCUCUUUGCUUUAGGACGAGGUCCUCUUGCUUCAGACAGUAAACCCUUAUUAUCUCUCCCUAUUUUCUUAGCUGUCUCUUGCUUGCCCAUCAAGAUUCAUCUGAGCCCUAAACCUACCACAUCUUACUCAUCUAGAGAGGGUCUCUUGUAUUAUACCAUCAUGGUUACUCUUUUGGUUCUUAUGACAAAAGUCUACGCGUAUAACAGCAAACUCCCUGACAAAGCCGUAUUGACACUCUACGCGAUUCAUAUAUAUCUCUCCCUCGAGCUCAUUCUAGCUGCCACAGCCACCAUGGUUCGAGCCAUGUCAAGUCUUGAGCUAGAGCCACAGUUCAACAAGCCCUACCUGGCUACAUCACUUCAAGAGUUUUGGGGCAGACGAUGGAACCUGGCUGUCAGCGGAAUUCUAAGGCCUACUGUCUACGAACCGAUGGUUCAGCUGUUCUCUGUCUUGGGCCCGAACUGGUCGCAGGCCCCAGCUGUUUUCGCCACGUUUGUUGUCUCAGGUUUGAUGCAUGAGCUCAUCUUCUUCUACCUGGGAGGGUUGAUGCCGGAUUGGAAAGUAAUGUGGUUCUUUCUUGUACACGGGAUAUGCACUACUGUGGAGAUAGCUGUCAAGAAAAAAGUCUACGGAAGGUGGAGGUUUAUUCCGACAGGAACCAGCCGUGUUUUAACGUUCGGGUUUGUCAUGGUGACUGGUUUGUGGCUGUUCUUGCCAGUGUUUAAGCGGGGAAACAUAUUUGAGAGGAUUCUUGAAGAGUACGCACAUGCAGGCGCGGUUGUAUCCGAGCUCAAGAGCAUCAUCGCUUCUCUAAUUUUAAACACUUAA